AAAAGAAGUGAGAAAAUUAGAAUUAAGGAGAAAUAAUUUAUAUACAGAAUUAAAUAACAAUAAAAUAGAAAGCGAAACAAAGAAGGAGAAAAAAAAAAGAGAGAGAGAAAAAGAAGAAAAAGAUGUAAACUUAAGGGUGAAAGGGGGGAGAGAGAGAAAGAGAAAGAGCGUGUGAUCGAUGUCAUCUCCAUGUUAUAUGGAAUGUGUAUCUUUAAACUGUGUUUCAAAUGCAUAAGAUAUAUACAAAUAACUUAUUUCCCUCCCUUUUUUUUUUUAUGAGUGGCACAAAAAAGCAUGGCAUCUCCCUUAUAGAAAAGCUUGGGUGGCCUCCUUGUAAUAAAAAUAACCCCCUUAUUUUUCUAAUUUUAAUAUUCCUUAUUUAUGAUCCAUAUCGGCUUUGUUCAUAUUCGCCUUGAUAGACCACAAGUGAUACAGAAAGAAGCGCAUAUUAGCCUUUUUCGAUCUUGUACCGAAGAGUCAUACAAACUAGAUUUAAUCGAACGACUUUUACAUGUUAUUGAAGUAGAUAUUCAAUUUGUGGAUUCACUUCAUAUUCUUUGUUCUAUUCAAGUCGGUACUCAACUAGGUUCAGACAGUUCUUUGUUUUUAGAUCUCUUGUGUUUAACAAGUACUGAUCCCGAUCAGUUUAAACCUGUCUUGCCAUCCUAUUCAACUCGUCUGAUUGAUGUCUUUCUUCAGUUAAAUUCACCCAAGAUACAUAGGAAUCUUCAGCCGGAUAUUUUAGGUUAUUUGGCAAACAAAGCAGAAGCACCUAUUCCAGGCAUGAAGACCACACUCUAUAGUUAUCAAAAGCAUUCUUUAUGGAAAAUACUUCAAAGAGAAUUAGUACCCAUGCAAAUCCGUCCUUAUUCAGUGGUGGCACUCAGAGAUAGACAUGACUCGGUCUAUUACUUGAACCAGCUUACAGGGGAAAUUUCCCGUAGUGUGGAUACAGUGCAUGAUGCUAAAGGUGGUAUUAUUUGCGAAGAUAUGGGGACUGGCAAAACGUGUAUUUGUUUGGCUACUGUGAUGAUUUCAAAAGAUUUUUCAGAUGCAGUUGAGCACCCACAUACUAAAACAGACCUAGAAAGAUCAUCUGUUCAAACCUUAAAAGCCAUUUCAGCCAGCUGGAUACUCAAGUAUGGUAUCAAUUGGAAGCCUGUCAAACACCAACUGCCUUUGGAUGUGAUUGAGUGGUUUCAGCAUUAUCCUCUUUAUUAUGAAUGGACAGAUAUACCUUAUCUGGCUGAAAGACCUCGUCGUACUCAACCUAUAUUCAAUACACUGACAAUAUACUUGUCGAAUGCAACACUCGUUGUUGUGCCUGAUAAUCUGGUAGCACAAUGGACAGGAGAGAUUUAUAAACACAUCAAGGACGGUCAAUUAAAUUUUAUAGUUUAUGAUGACACAAAGCAAAAGAUAGCACCACCUACACAACUCAUAGACUAUGAUUUAGUAUUAAUCAGUCAAACUCGCUUCUCUUUUGAGAACAGCCAAGGGGGACUUGAUUUCAAAAGUUAUCCUUGUCAAUGUCCUUUGAUGGCAGAAGAAAAUGCUUGCAUUUGUUCCAUGACAAGAACACAAAGUUAUAUAUCACCCUUAUUACAAGUGCACUGGAAGCGCUUCAUCAUCGAUGAAGGCCAUAAGCUAUCAUCAAAAAAUAGACAAUCCGAACUCUCUAGUAAACUAUUCUCUAACUGGAAAUGGAUCUGUACGGGUACACCUACACAGAACCUAACUGAAUCUGCUGCUUCACAUACAAGAAGAGAAAGUGAAAUGGAUGAUUUGAACAGGCUAGGCAUUUUAUGUGGACAAGUCUUACAGAUAGAACCAUUCAAGUCAGACAAAAAAGCAUGGACAACAUGGAUCAGUAAACCCUUUUUAGAGAGAAAGCCAUGGGCUAUCAUUCAAUUGACUGAGAUGUUGGAUCGUAUCAUGAUACGAAAUCAACGUAAGGACAUUGAAAAAGAAGUGACUUUGCCUCCACUCUAUCAAAAGACAGUCUACCUCGAUUUUGACUAUUAUCAAUGGCUAGCACAUAAUUGUCAAAUUGCUAUGAUUAGCCUGAAUGCCAUUUUGUCCAAAAGAGAAGGUCCAGAUUAUUUAUUUGCACCCAAGAACUUUAAAUCGCUGAAAGAAACCGUCCAUAAUCUAUGGCAGAGUUGUCUUUGGCAUUCAGUCAAUCCAGGACUACUCCAGGCAUCCCAUGAUAAUUGUGUAGAGAAACUACAUCAAGUAAGCUUAGGCAUUGAAGACUACGGGGAUGAAAAUCAAGAUUUAGUCCAAAUAGAACAAGUAUUAGCGCAUGCACUCCAAACAAACAUGUUUAUCUGUAUGAUGAGUCAGCACUCACCUUCCUAUGUUGUGCAAGGAUUGCCUAAUUUGUUUAAAGAGAAGUGGGGCUGGUUAAAAGGAGACCAUGGUGCCUAUAUUCCCUUAGGUCAGGAUUGGCAUGAUCAUUGCAUGAUGGGCGCACAACAACUGUAUGAUGCUAUGACGACUGUUUGGCAUACAAAAGAUGCGGCUCAACACUUGUUCGUCUAUCAUGGAUCAGAUAAGACACUGUUGCCAGUCCAAGAGAACACCACACACAGUGAUGAUGGCCAACUGACUUUUUAUACGCGCAAUGCCUUUUCGGAUGCACGCGUAUUGUCCAGUUCAAGUGUCAAGCUAAACUAUCUUGUAGAUCAGAUAAGCAACUAUCGAUUGACCGAGAAAUGUGUUGUGUUUUCACAGCAUGCCAAUGAAAUGUACGAAAUCUAUUUUGCUCUUCAACUGGCUAGAAUUAGAGUCUUGUUAUACCAAGACAGUCGUAUGAACAAUACGCAACGAUCAAACAUGAUUUUGACAUUUAAUACAUCAGAUAAUGCGAAUGUCAUGAUCAUGGCUGUUCAAAAAGCGGCUUAUGGUAUUGAUUUGUCCACAGCAACCCGCGUUUAUUUUGUCAGUCCUGUAUGGCAACCUGCCAUGGAACAGCAGGCGAUUAAAAGAGCCCAUCGUAUUGGACAGACAAAGCCAGUCUAUGUCGAGACACUGGUGAUUCGAAAUACCAUUGAAGACGAAUUACUCAAGAGAAGAAACCAAGUGGUUCAAGGACAAGGGUUGGCGGAUGAUAAGGAAAACUUGAAAAGAGGGGAUUUCUUUGCAGAUUCAAAAUUAAGACAUAUUCUAAAUCAUGCUGCAUUUGUACCUCUACCGCCCUUGGUUUCUCAAGAUAAACAAACAGGUCUUUAUUACCAACCUAUUCAGUCACUCAAGACGCCUCUUUUGUUUAUGCCUCCUCAAAAAAUCAAGUCGAGUCCAAUAGUUGAAACUGAAGAGGUGGUUUUGGAUAUUGAAGGUGAUCAAGACACAACAGACACCACGCCUUCCUAUAAAGCAAGACAAGCAUCAAACAAAAAAAGAAAAACAGUUCAAUUUGCUUCAUAAUACAUUUCUUUUAAAUUUUUUUUUAUUCCUCUUUCUUUUCUUCUUCUUCAUCAGCAGCAGCCU